AUGAACAACAACAACCAAUUUUCUUCAGUUUUACUCAAAACAACGCCCAAAACCUUCCACCUGACUUCAUUCACAGAUCGCCGGACUCAGUUAGAGCUAAUCGGAAUCCAAACGCCGUCGUUUUCUGAUCCCGCACAUUCGCGAAUGGAACCUCCGUUCCUCCGUCUAUAAGCCACCGCCACCGUCACCGUCACCGUCGCAGAUCCGAAUUCGGUUAGCCUCCGAUGGCUUCGUGGCUCAAAGCCGCUGAAGACUUGUUUGAAGUUGUUGAUCGAAGGGCAAAGCUUGUUGUCAAUGAUUUGUCAGAUGAGCAGCUGGCAGCUCAAGCACUAGAAGCCUCUAAUGGGCAAGGAUCUCAAGCCAAGCGGACAAAGAAGAAGACCAAGGCUCAGAAGAGGCAGUCAAUAAAUGAAACUUCAGAAACAAGUUCUCAUAACAAAACAGAGUCUCCUGAAACAAGUGGUUCUGCACAUGCACAGAUUAAUAUACCGACUCCACAAGUAGAUUCCACACCUGAAAAAGGUAGUGAAUUUCAUUUAAAUGACAAUAAUGGGACACCCUCUGAAAAUCCUGUGAUCCAAAUAAUCAACGAACAACAAAAGGAUUUUGAGAAAGACUCCACAGCUAGCAUUCCUAUAAUAGAGACACCAGGAAUUGGAGUCAAUGAAAUGGAUGCUGGUAAACCGGAAGCGUCACCAAUUCCUACUGAUAGGGAAGGUUCCACAUCAACUUCAAAUGGAGAGCUUGUGAACGAGAUUCCUGCAGUUGGUCGGGAAGAACAUCCGUCGCCAGUAAUUGCCAAAGAAGUUGACAUUGUGCAUGAAAAUAAUCAAGUUCAAUCAGUUGAUGCUGGCCAAGAUAACAGAUCCAAAGAGGCAGGUGUUCCUCCAACCUCUGACCAGGAGAGAUCACAGUCUAUAGCUACUGAUGUCCCCAGUAACAGAAAAGGUCAGUUGGAAGUUGCUGAUGGCAAAGAGGAACCAGUCCUUGAGAGAAGCAAGCAACUUGAGCAUAAAGCUGGCAGCUCUCCCAUAAAAGUACAGGAACAGGAUCAACUUGAGGAGGCUCAAGGAUUGCUUAAAACGGCUGUUUCCACUGGUCAGUCUAAAGAAGCAAGGCUAGCAAGGGUUUGUGCCGGACUAUCAUCCCGUCUUCAAGAAUACAAAUCUGAGAAUGCACAGCUAGAGGAGCUUCUUGUGUCAGAGAGAGAACUGAGCAAGUCAUACGAGGCUCGUAUAAAGCAGCUACAAAAAGAUUUGUCAUCAUCCAAAAGCGAAGUGACAAGAAUAGAGUCAAAUAUGGUCGAGGCCUUAGCAGCAAAGAAUUCUGAAAUUGAGGCACUUGUCAGUUCCAUGGAUGCACUUAAGAAACAGGCUGCUAUAUCUGAGGGAAAUCUGUCUUCCUUGCAGGCAAACAUGGAUGCUAUAAUGAGAAACCGGGAACUGACUGAGACAAGAAUGAUGCAGGCUGUACGGGAGGAGUUGGCUUCUGUAGAACGGAGAGCCGAAGAAGAGCGUGCCGCACACAAUGCUACCAAACUGGCUGCUAUGGAAAGGGAAGUAGAAUUGGAACAUAGAGCCCUUGAGGCAUCCACAGCCCUUGCAAGGACUCAGAGAAUAGCGGAUGAGAGGACAGCAAAGGCAUCAGACCUAGAGCAGAAGAUGGCAUUGCUUGAGGUUGAGUGUGCCAAUUUAAACCAAGAGCUGCAAGAUAUGGAGGCUCGUGCUCGGCGUGGGCAAAAGAAGCCACCCGAAGAGGCAAAUCAAAUGAUUCAGGUUUGGCAAGAAGAAGUGGAGCGUGCACGCCAAGGUCAGAGGGACGCAGAGGGCAAGCUUUCUACUUUGGAGGCUGAAGUUCAAAAAAUGAGAGUUGAAAUGGCUGCCAUGAAGAGGGAUGCUGAGCAUUACUCACGUCAGGAACACAUGGAACUAGAGAAACGCUACCGUGAACUAACUGAUUUACUGUACUACAAGCAGACACAAUUAGAAACCAUGGCAAGUGAAAAAGCUGCUGCAGAGUUCCAAUUGGAGAAGGAAUUAAAUCGUCUCCAGGAAGCACAGGUAGAGGCAGAAAGAAGUAGAGUUUCCCGACGGGCAUCAGCAUCCUGGGAAGAAGACACUGAAAUGAAGGCACUUGAGCCUCUUCCCUUGUAUCACCGUCAUAUGGUUGGGGCAACCAUGCAGUUGCAGAAGGCUGCAAAACUAUUAGAUUCAGGAGCUGUCAGGGCCACCAAAUUUCUCUGGCGGUAUCCAACAGCUCGAAUUAUCUUGCUAUUCUACCUGGUAUUUGUGCAUCUGUUCUUGAUGUUUUUGCUGCAUCGCCUUCAGGCACAAGCAGAUGAUUUUUCUGCUAGAGAGGUUGCAGAGUCUAUGGGACUUGCUAACACUAGCUUACCAUGAAUUGCUCCAUUUGAGAUUCUGCUGCCACAAAAAAAAUCUUCAAAGCUCGACAAAGCAUACAAUAUGUCUUCAGUGAUGACCAUUUAUUAUGAGAAGUAAUGUGGAGUGAGCUUUUGAUCAUUGGGUGAAGCCGUGAAGGUAUUAUAUAGUUAUAUCCUCCAUUUUUUUUAUCGAGGAUGUGCACAGAAAGUGUUGGUGUGUUGUUGCAAUUAAUCGACAAGGAGCCUGCCUCUUUCAUCCUAAUAACGAUCGAGGCAUGGCCUAGUACAUCCAAAACUUGAAUUUUCAUAUACAUAUUUUACGACCGCUGAUUCUUUC